CUAAUCAUGAAUUAAUAACAAAGAGAUAUCUUUGGGAAAUUCAAAUGCAGGACUGCGAUGAAAAAAUUGCUACUACGAAAGAUGAAAUAAGAGAUGCCACUAGAAAUGCAAAAGCUCAGCUUUGCUAUGCAGAGAAGUGGAUAAGUGCCACUGCUGAGGCCGUGGAUCUUCGAUUCCAAAUCAAACCGACGCCAUUACCUAAUGAAAACCAUGAGCGGCGUGUUCACGGUGAGAUAGCGCGAACAUAUAAAUUACAAACGAAGGAACGCGAAGAAUUAUUAGAACAUUGGAAAAUAAGGUACGCAGAGAAUACAGCGAGGAUCAGUCGCCACGUGACAGAACAACGUGAAAAGCUGCGCGUGACGUCUGCUCGAAGACUCGAACUACAAAAACUUUAUAAUUUACAUGCAGGCGAGAUGCGAGCUUGGCAGACAUUUAAGAGAGAACGAGCAGCCCGCCUGGCUCGCGAGGAACGUGCAAAGGCCGCAGCCACGAGGAUCCAGUCGUGGUGGCGGGGCAUGAUGGUGCGCCGUGCUCUUGGCGCUUUCAAACACCUUCGGAAUUCUAAAAAAUCUGCUGUAAAAAAGAAAAAAUAAUAUUUUAAGGAAAAAUCGUACCUAUCACAAAUUACCUUAUCCUUAUUUCUAAUUCCCAGUAUGGCAUAGAGAUCGUCCAUAGUAUACCACUAUUGUGAAUUUGACAAUAACUGUUAUUAA